AUGGCCUCGACAACGAGAGCAAAAUCGACGCCAGCUCCACCACCGCCCUCGGACGACUCACCUUCCGACCCCUCAUCCAGCUCAUCCGCAACCCAGACCGCCGCUGCCUCUGUCUCUGCUACAACGAUGUCCCAGUCUCCACUCCGAACCUCGACUUCCACACCCACACCCACCCACACGUCCCUUCCCGUACCCGUUUCUGACCGUGGCCUCUCCGAUGGCGCUAAAGCUGGUAUUUCCAUCUCCGUCCUUUUCGUGGCCUCCACCAUCUUCAUUGCUUUGUCUCUCUACAUCCGCCGUCUCAAGCGCCAACUAGCCCUUGCCAAAGCCGCCGCCAACGUCCCUGACUCCGUUCUACGAUCGCCGUCCCGCCGCCAUAGUGGCAUUCCUGAAGCGCUUUUUACACCUUCCCGGCGCCGAAGCUGGUCCGCAACACCCCGCAACAGCCGAAGACACAGUCGCAGAGACGUCAUGAUGUCCGAAAGCCCGGUCUCACCCCUGUCCCCUGUCUUCUUCCGAGAUGGUGGUAGAAGAACGAGCAUAGCUGGCAUGGUGAAUAAAAAGCGAGUGAACACGUUGAGCAUCGUUGUGGAGCGGGAAGACGAGGAUGCGAAUAGCUUGAUGAGCAGGGGUCGAAGUGUGAGGGAGCCUGUGCCCGGACAGUCUGAGGGUCUGGCCGCGCCGCUCGAAAUGGACGGGGAGUUCGCGGCAAUCUUUGAGGCACCAACAAGUAUCACACCGAGAGCGAGGAGUACGGAGCGGGAUAGGGAGGAGUGGAAGGAGUAUGACUUUGGGAAGUUCUAG